AUGGAGCAUGCCUUUACCCCGCUGGAGCCCCUGCUUCCCAAUGGAAAUUUGAAAUACUGCCUUGUAAUAUUGAAUCAACCUUUGGACAAAAGUUUUCAUCAUCUUUGGAGCAAAGCUCUUUUAAGAGCCUGUGCUGAUGGAGGUGCCAACCGCUUAUAUGAUAUCACUGAUGGAGAGAGGGAACGGUUUUUGCCUGAUUUCAUCAGUGGAGACUUUGAUUCUAUUAGGCCUGAAGUUAAAGAAUACUACACAGUUAAGGGAUGUGAGAUCAUUUCAACUCCUGACCAGGACCAUACUGACUUCACCAAGUGCCUUGAAGUGCUGCAGAAGAAGAUAGAAGAAAAAGACCUCCAGGUCAAUGUGAUUGUGACAAUGGGAGGACUUGGUGGGCGUUUUGACCAGAUCAUGGCAUCCGUGAGCACCUUGUUCCAAGCAGCUCGCAUCACUCCUUUGCCAAUUAUAAUCAUCCAAGAGGAAUCUCUCAUCUACCUGCUCCAACCUGGAAAGCACAAAUUGCACGUAGACACUGGAAUGGAAGGUGAUUGGUGUGGCCUUAUUCCUGUUGGACAGCCUUGCAAUCAGGUUACAACGACAGGCCUGAAGUGGAACCUCACAAAUCACACGCUCAGCUUUGGAACCCUGGUCAGCACCUCCAAUACCUAUGAUGGGUCUGGUGUCGUGACCGUGGAAACGGACCACCCCCUCCUCUGGACCAUGGCCAUCAAAAACUGA